UCGCACCACCUGGCCACUCUGACUCGCUCUCCAUUUUGUUUUCCACGGCGGAACCUUUUUUGCUACAUCAGAUUGCAUUUUUACACCGAUUACUCGAGCGUUUGUUUAAAUUUAAGUGUUUUAAAGCAACCUUCAAGCCAUGGGACGCAAGAAGAAGAAGGCCUCCAAACCCUGGUGCUGGUACUGCAACCGAGAGUUCGACGACGAGAAGAUCCUGGUGCAGCACCAGAAGGCCAAGCACUUCAAGUGCCACAUCUGCCACAAGAAGUUGUACACCGGACCGGGCCUGUCCAUCCACUGUAUGCAGGUGCACAAGGAGACGGUCGACAAGGUGCCCAACUCGCUGCCCAAUCGCUCAAACAUUGAAAUCGAAAUCUUCGGCAUGGACGGCAUUCCCGCCGAGGACCUCAGGGAUCACGAGCGACAGAAGAAUGGCGGCAAGUCGGACUCGGACGAUGAUGAGCCGGUGGCCAAGAAGAAGGUGGAAUAUGCCAUGAGUGUACCGCCGCCCAUGAUGAUGCCUCCGAACAUGAUGCCUCCACACAUGCUGGGACAAUAUGGCAUGGGCAUGAUGCAGCACAUGCCGCCGCUGCCUCCGUAUCCAGUGCCCAUGAUGCCGCACAUGAUGCCGCCGCGUCCCCUGUUUCCAGCCGCCAUGGCCACCACCUCGGCGGCAGCUGCUGCGGCUGCGGCCCAUCACCACGCCGCCGCCAUGGCCCAGCAAAAGCCAACAUUUCCAGCGUACAGUAAUGCUACCAUAAGUGCUCCGCCCACCACCAAUCAUGCUGGUGGCGCAUCCAGCGCACCACCAAGUGGUCCGCCCGAUGGCCAGCAACAUCAGCAGCGCCCGCCAGCUCCGCCAGCUGCGGGCGCAGCUGCCACCGCAGCUGUGACCACCAAGAUCAUGCAUCCGCAGGAGGACAUAAGUCUGGAAGAGUUGCGCGCCCGGCAACCGAAGAUACAGUCGCGUCUGGCGGCCGCAAUGGCUGCCCUGGCGAAUCCACAGAACCGCAAGAGUCCCAGCAACAAUGGCGGUGCCCAGUCAUCGAUGCCCGCCACCCCACCGCCCCCGUCGCUGGCCGGGAUCUCGCCCACGGGCAGCAACAGCAGCAGUGGCAUGGCUAACGCGAUUGCCGUCUCCACAGCCAUGUCGAAGGCCCAGGAAACCGCCGCUCUAGUAGCCGUGGCACAGGCUCAAGCCCAGGCCCACGUCCAUGCAGCCCAAGCCCAGGCUCAGGCUCAGGCGCAGGCUCAAGCCCAAGCUCAGGCCGUGGUCCAGGCCCAGGUGCAGGCCGUCCAAGUGGCCCACGCUGUGGCAGCCCAGCAGCAGGCGGUGCAGCAGCAGCAACAGCAGCAGCAGCAAGCGGCGCAGCAGCAGCAGCAGACGGUGGCGCAGCAGCAGCAACAGCAACAACAGGCCGUGGCGCAGCAACAGCAUGCGGCUCAGCAGCAGCAGGUCAAGCAACUGGAGGAACUGAAUCGGGCUGUGAUGCUCCAGCGCUUUCAGGCUGCCCGGCAGCCGGCAAACCCUGGCGCUGCGGCAGCGGCUGCGGCGGCCGCAGCCGUCGGCAUGAUGCCGAUUCCUGGCCACAUGCAGCUGAUGCAGCCGAUGCUGAGACCGGCCAUGGCCAUCGGCCCCCAUGGAGCUCUGAUCGGCGGGAACAUGCUAAGAGCAGCCGGUGCACCCGGAUUCAAUGGAAUACCUGCAGGCCUGCUGCCCAUGCAGAUAGGACUGCCGGGAAUGCCGGGCGCCUUGCCCGCUGGAGCGAUGGCGAUGCCGGGCAUGGGCGUGAUGCUGCAGGGACACCCCAACAUGCUGCAGAUGAUGCAGCCGCGCUUCAGAUGAUGUCUGCCCGCUGCGCCGGGCCUGUUGCAGGCGCCAGCAGGCCAGCCGCCAGCGCACCUGCAACCGCAGCCGCAUCCUGGACGGCCCUUCUCCAGGACGACGGCCGCUCUGCAGGCUCACGCUCAGCCGCCGCUGUUGAGCCUGCCGCUGCCACUGCUUUUCCACGAGUGAGGCAAGCCGAUGAUCGAUCAUGCUUAUAGUUGCGAACAGCAAACAGCGCGCGCACUCAGCAAGCAAGUUGUUUUGAAAACUCCAACCAAAGUCAGUUCUUUUUCAAUGUAUAACAGUUUUUGAGACACAACACCCCACACACCCGACACACACACUUCUUGGCCCCACGCUACCCACUAAUCAGCGGUUAUGCCUAGUAAAAACCAGUCGAUGUCAUCUAUAUAUAUAUAUAUAUAUAACUUUCGUUCAUCCAAAGCACUCCAUUCUAGCUUUUGUUCCAAUCCAAAUUGUUUAAUUUCCCCCAAUCCAACCUUCUCGAUGUGCGUGCCUAAAUACAUCUUUUAGAUAUAUAUUAUUCGUGCUCUCUUUGUAUAACACACAAUGUACCACAAACACAACACACUAACCCCAAACAUCUGAAGCUACUUUGCUGUGCUGUAGAUCUCUAUCUUUUAUCUGUAUCUAUAUCUGUAUAAUCAACAAAUUAAUCGUUGACAUUAUCUAUACGAAAUGUUGUUUUUUAACAUUCUCUUUCUUUUUUUUAGUUUCAUUUAGUGAGCAUAUAUUUUAAACACAUCCUCCUACACACAAACACACUCAAGUUGUUUAAUUAUAUCUCCUCCAAAACAAAUGAAAUCCGAAAAGAAAAAUCCGAAAAUCUUCGAAAAUCACACAAAAACCGAAAAACCAAAAAAACCUGAACGCUCAAAGCUCUGGGUAUGUUGACAAUUGCCAUAAGCAGCAUUUUUGUGUUGUUUUUGUGUUAUUCGUGCGUAAUUUAUACUUUCGAUUCUUUCUGUCCAUGUGAAAUGCUCUGCCAACAAUGUUACAAUGUUAUACAAUUCAUACAACUACUUCUGUUCAGGCCCCAUGUUGUCUAUACCUUCGUUCAGACCAAAAGUAAGUCCUAUCUUUCUUUACAUAGUGUAUUUAACUAUAUACAUACGAACAUGUUUAUAAACAAAUAUUCAACAUUUCUCUGUAUCGUUUCUGUUCUUUUGGUAUGUAAAAUAUCUAUAUAUUUGGUGUGUGUCAUCGCGAGACAACAGAUCAGAGCAGGUAUCUACCUUCAAUUUGUUUUUCUUUUUUAAUAACUAUAUAUGCAUAUUCAAUACUAUCUAUCCUAAGUCAUUUGGUAACGGUAUGGUUGGUACUAAACAACAGCAACAACAGAAACCACUACAUCCCCCGUAAAGUCGCUAAAUAGCUUAUAGAGUGGCCCACAGAGGGCAACUAGUUAGGAACUUCUCACGUGUUAGUAAGUACACUCGAUACAUUGAUCUUGAUGAUUUGUUUUGUUGUUACCGUAGUGAUCUUCCAAAAGUCCCAGUCAUUAUCUAGCUUCCUCUCCACAACUUCAAAUAGUUAUUGAACCUACUAAAACCAAUACUCGAUAGCUUGACCCUCAGCUCAGUCUUUUGUUAAUCCGAUGGUAAACCUGUGAAAAAGUAGCUAGCAUAAGUAGUCGACUGAGAGUUAAAGAGUCCUAGUCGUAUCCAUAUUGUUUUGUUACGUUUUUUUAUGGAAAGCAGCAUGAGUCAGAUUGUUCUCCAUGCCCCGGGCAGAUCUUCGAAUACUCCUAACCCAGUGUAGCCUAGGGUAGUUUAGCUUGGCACUCAGAAUCCCGGAGAGCACCACACGUCGUCACACCAACUAACACUCACCAUUGUUUGAGUACACCUAGAGUAAACACCUCUAACCCAACCAUAUAAUACUAUAUAUUCUAUGUAUUAAUGUAACAAUACCGUGUAACCUAAUCAUAAGCAAUGACAAGUGAAGCGAACUGGAGCCCAGAAGGAAAAGGGAGUGAGUUGGGGGCACACAGUCCCCUCACUCGGGCCAGUUCGGCGCAAAAUUGAUGUUGGACUCCCGGGUCUGGCAAAUCAGCCGCACCGCCAUCGGGACAUCGCCGGCCGGCCCUAUCAACAUUUCGUUGGCCCGGUUCGAUGGUUCUGCGGUGUUAGAACGGCGUGCUUCAGACGGGAGUACCUCAAUGCGGGACAGACAAUAUCCGAGAUCCGGUGGCACUACUCGUAUACGAUUCACACACUUUCCCCCGACUAAAAUCGCAUCUGUACACAGUACUCGUACUCGUAGCAUAUAUCUCUCUAUCUCUCUGGUAACUGUAUUGCGAAGAUUGUAAAUACUUUUGAUGGACGCAUUUCAUUUUGUAGAGUUGCUUUACUUAUCACUUAUGCUUUAUUUUGUCGGGAAUGCAAAUAAACUUGACUUUUUUGUUCAGCUAAGAUAUAUCUUGUUCAAAUCAAAAGUUUUCUUAAAGGUUUCUAAAAGUAUAACUAAGGUCUAAGAUUUGGAAAACCUUGGAAGGUGUUUUUUUAUUAUUUCUAAAUUAAUAAUAUGUCUGUAUAGUUAUCUAAAAAUAUUAUAAGCAAAAUCUUUUAUCAACUUCUAAGUUUUUGAAGGCUUAAAAAUUGUUUUUUUAAUCUUUUAAAAUUUGUUAUAUUUUCAUUGUUGAUUUCUACAUUAGUGUAAAUUUUAUGCGGCAAUAAAAAACCAAACAAAUUAGGUAUUUAUAUUAUUUUUGUUAUAAAAGUUUUACAUUUGUUUAAAUACGCUUUUUAAUUGCCAAUUCGAGGCUGUGUUAUGUUAGUUAAUUGAGAUUUUUGAAUAGAGUCAAAUGGAAUUCGAUUUGCCUUAGUUUAUGUUUAAGUUUCGCUUGCAUUUCCCGUCCGUAGUCCAGUUUUAGUAUUAUUUUUGGUGGUGGUCCUUCGAAUUACGAUAAUUUCAUAUUACAAAUUAAUACUUUAACCAUUCAAUUCUAUCCAUGCAAUGCACGCGUUCAUUUGACAAGAGUACGGCUAAAGGCUACAAGUUUUGUUUAACAUUUAAUGGGCUUUAGGUGUUUUGCGAGAGGCGAGGAGCCCUAGGAACUAAGAAUUAAAGUUGCAAAUUUACCAAUUAGACCACCGAUCUUCGUCUGUCCCUGCGCUGGGCGACACGCGAGUAGCUGGGCACAUGGCAGUCCCUGCAAUACUAAUCCCCACACAACCGAUCCCAGGCGUAAAUGUCUGCCGCGUCCAGGCGAAAGCGUGUCACAUUAAUUUUGCUGAGCGAAAAGUCCCCUGCGUCCGUCCUCCCCCUGCUAUCUAUCUAAUGUAUCUGUAAAGUAAGUGGUUAUGUCUAUCUUUGGAUUACGUUUUGCAUGCCCUGAAGAGUAUGCCUCCGACCACAACAAGUACAAGUUCGAAUCGGACGCAGGCGAUGUGCCGGAGUCUAGUCAGGAGAUAUACUCUUGUGUAUCGUAACUCUGGGGCGAGGGCACAUCACAGUUGUUGAGCUAACUGUUGGACUUUUCGGUCCUUGUCUUGCGACCCCGCAGUCGUUGUAUCCACACCGCAUAACACCACAACUUUAACCAUAUGCAUACAUAUGGGUACCAGACGUACCGAACUUGCAUACUGUGCGUCUUGUACUAUCUACACCACCCGUCGGCCGAAGCACCACCAACCACCACAUCGACCACACCAUUUCUCAGAGCCUCCAGAGAUGGAUCCGCGAGAUACGCUUUGCGAUAAUGUUUGUUCACACAUUUUGUUUAGUGUUGACCUACUCAUUUUGUCAGUAUCGAAUUAAUCAAUAAUGCUUUGAUGGUUGCAACUACUUUUUUUGGGAAAGUAUUUCAAGAUCGAACAAUUUUCGAACCAAUCAACCAUAAGAAUUUGUUUUGCCAAAGAUCUUUGAAGCUUUCGACCAAAGUUUUUUUUUAUUAAUUAAUCUCUGAGUAAAUAUAAAUGUUAACCAUGUUUAUACUUUUUUCAUAAGCUUUAAAACAUUUUUGUUGCAUUUACUUUUAACUCUGGCUUACGGAAUUAACAAAUCAAUUUUUCCUUAUCCAUUUCUGUUCGUUCAACAAGUAUAAUCACACAAAACUUAGCUAAUGCCCAUACUAUAUCUAAAGCAAAUGCAUAAAAUCAAAACCUACAAAUUUGCCUAUGUUAAAUCAUUUUUAAUGUUGUAUUGUAAAUGAAAAGAUGCAAAAACCAGAAGCAAAAACAAAAAAUAUAGAUUUAGCAUUCUUGUACGUAAACUGUUUUUACCAAAAUGAAAAAAAGAAAGUAUACAAGCAGCGAGUUAUAUAAGCAAUUGUUUAAAUUCUUUUAAACUAAAUAUAAAGGUAAAAUUACCAUUAGGAAAAGAAGAAUGCAUACUAAGAAUAUAUCUAGUUUAAAGUUUCGAUUGUUCCCUAUUCUUUUGAAAUUAAUUUAUUGAAAUUUUAAUAAAUCGAAUAAAAAUGAA